UUGUCAGUGUCUUGUCUUUCCUCCAAGAAGACAUUGUGUCCCGAACCCCUCUUUCUGCCCUCUUCCCCAAUGGCCACGCUUUUUCUCUCCCACUCCUUCCUCCUCCUUCUCAUCGGAGCCACCACCACCACCACCUCCGCCAUUUCCAGCGAGUAUUGGUGCGUGGCUCGCAGCGACGUCAGCGACGAGGCGCUACAGACGGCGCUGAACUAUGCCUGCGCCACCGGCGCCGAUUGCACUCCUAUUCUGCCGAACGGCCUGUGCUUCCUCCCCAACACCAUCCAGGCCCACGCCUCAUACGCCUUCAACAGCUUCUUCCAGCGCAAGGCCAUGGCUCCUGGCUCCUGUAACUUCGCCGGCUCCGCCACCAUCGCCCACUCCAACCCCAGUUAUGGAUCUUGUGUUUAUCCAUCUUCUAUCAGUACUGCAGGAGGAGCAAUCACACCGAGCCUUCCAGGAAACACUAGCCCGACUAUAACAACACCAACCACAACCCCCACCACGCCAAGCUUCAACAACGGUGGUACCGAUGACACGAAUGGACUAAACCCAGUAUACAACCCGACAUCUACCAACGCGAAAGCCUCUUCGAGUCUUACGACCUCUAAACUCUUGAUCUUGAUAUUGUUGUCAAUUGCUAUCUCACUCGGUUCGUAAACAAUAUGUAGAGUAAUGUCUAACAUUGAAUUUAUCGGGAGACGGUUUACUCAAUUUUGUUAGAAACUGGUGAGGCUUAAGAGAUUGAUCAAAUGUAUAUUUUAUUUGGA